UACGUGUCCUGUCUUCUUUUCUCCUUAAAAAAAAGGUACCUAAAUAAAUCGAGGGUAGCACAUCUUUAAACCCAGUGACGACGACUCAAACACAGAAAAUUCAUUUCAAAUUCAAAAAAUACAGCUUCUCCUAAGCUGUUCAUUUCUUCUCCUCUCAGAUUUCUCAUACGCGUUUCCAUAUCCCAAUUCACACUACAAAAACCCACCACCGCCGCCACCACAAAUUAACCACCAUGGGCUCACACUCAAAUCUCCAGCUUCUCAUCAUUCUACUCACAAUCCCCUUCACCAUCUCCCAAUCCAACACUACCAAACCAGCUCCGGUGCCGCCUCCGCCGCCUCCUGGCAGUACUUGUAACGGCAUCUUCUUAUCAUACCAGUAUGAAAAGGGUACCCAGCUUAAACCAACCGUGCCCACCCACCAGCCGUACAGAUUUGAGUCGACGCUCACUGUGUCGAACAACGGGCUCGAUGCGCUUAAAUCGUGGAAAGUUUUUGUGGGGUUUAAGAACGAUGAGUUUUUAGUGUCGGCUUCGAAUGCUGUUCUUGCUGACGGUACUAGGUUGCCGGGUAAUGUGGGUAAUGGGACUGUUUUUGCUGGGUUUCCGAUGACGGAUUUGAAAACUCCGAUUGAAACUGCGGGGGAUUCUACUCAGACUUCGGUUCAGGUUAAGCUUUUGGGUACCCAGUUUGGGGUUUCGGUUAAGGAUGUUCCUUGGCCUUCUAAUAUUUCUCUUGCUAAUGAUGGCUUUGUUUGCCCUGGGGUAACUAAACAAGGUCAUAUGAUGUAUGUUUGCUGUACCAAAGACGAGAAGUUUAAAUCCAAUAUCACUGUAGAUGAGGAGUUCUUGCCCCGCCAAAAUGGUGAUCUUACAAUUGUAUAUGAUGUCAUCAGAACAUAUGACUCUAGUUACUGGGCACAGGUUGCUAUAGAAAAUCACAAUCCUCUUGGUCGUCUCGAUAACUGGAAAUUGAGCUGGGACUGGAUGAGAGAGGAAUUUAUCUACAGCAUGAAGGGUGCUUAUCCGUAUGUCGUUGAUUCGACUGAAUGCAUAUUUGGAUCGCAAGGAACACAUUAUAAGGAUUUGGAUUUCGCCAAUGUAUUAAACUGUGAACGAAGGCCAACAAUCAUUGAUCUGCCUCCAACCAAAUAUAAUGACUCUACCCUUGGGUUUAAACCCUCAUGUUGCCGAGAUGGAACAAUCUUGCCGCCAUCAAUGGACCCAAGCAAGUCGAUUUCAGCUUUUCAGAUGCAGGUUUUCAAAAUGCCACCAGAUCUAAAUCGUUCCGAGCUCACACCACCCCAGAACUGGAAGAUUAACGGCACGCUUAAUCCUGAUUACCAAUGCAGUCCUCCAAUUAGAGUGAGCCCUAGCCAAUUCCCAGACUCGAGUGGCUUGCAGUUAAAUUCAACUGCAGUUGCCAGCUGGCAAGUUGUAUGCAACAUCACUCAACCCAAAGGAGCAAGUCCUAGAUGUUGCGUGUCAUUUUCUGCUUACUACAAUGAUUCUGUUGUCCCGUGUAAUACAUGUGCAUGCGGGUGCCCUAGUAACACGGCUAGGACGUGUAGCGCAACUGCUCCACCCGUUCUUCUUCCUCCAGAGGCACUGCUCGUUCCUUUUGACAAUCGGACUGCUAUGGCAAGAGCUUGGGCUUCCCUUAAACAUCGAACAGUGCCAAACCCAAUGCCUUGUGGUGACAACUGUGGAGUUAGUAUCAACUGGCAUAUUAAUACAGAUUAUAGUCGUGGAUGGAGCGCAAGGGUCACGGUCUUCAACUGGGAUGAACUCACGUUUCCUGAUUGGUUUGCGGCAGUACAAUUAGACAAAGCAGCUGCUGGGUUCGAAGCAAUGUACUCAUUCAAUGGGAGCAUUCUGGAAGGGACCGACAAUACCAUAGUCAUGCAGGGGCUUCCGGGAUUGAACUAUCUUGUCGCCGAAACUGAUGGAGUCGAUCCACUAAGGAGUCCUAGGGUUCCUGGAAAACAACAGUCCGUGAUCUCAUUUACUAAGAAACUAACGCCCGGCAUCAAUGUGGCUGCUGGAGAUGGGUUUCCCACUAAAGUAUUUUUCAACGGCGAAGAAUGUGCACUUCCUAAAAUCCGCCCGAUGAGCAACAGUAUUAGAAAAGUAUCGUCAACUAUAAGUUUAUCGCUUCUUAUAGCUGCUGUGGUGUUCGUAUUGUCGCAGCAGUAACUUGAAGUCAAAUCUAAUUCUUUCCAUUAUUUCAUAUCUUGAUGCUCAUCCACUUCACAUUUCGAGAAUCACGAGAAGAUGUGCAUCCAUCAGCGACCAAAUUAUCAUUUGGAAUUUCGUGAGUUCAAGUAUUUCAGACAGGUUUGCUGUUGUGCUCUUGACAUCCUGAAUGUAUAAGAUAUAUACACUAUGAUAACAUUUUUCCAAAGCUAAUGUAAAUUUAACAUCAUCAGCAGACAGUAGUCAACAGUGUUAAUAGUUCUUCUUGAUGUUCCUUGUGCUGCACUUUUUGUUCUCGCUUGCUGAGUUAGUCUGAUGAUGUUAAAACUUCUUUAUGUUCAUUGCGGGAUGCUUUUUUCAAGUGCCAUUGCUGAAUUCGAAUUAUGUUGUAUUUCAGUUUA